AUGGCAACUGAGGUGAAGCCAGCAGGUUCCACCUUGGAGUUCCUCGUUGGAGAAAACAAUGAACAACAGUUAUGGGCGGAAGUGUAUACGCGGCAAUUUCCCACUGAUGAUGAGUUUGAGUGCCUCACAGCAGAGGAGCAGGGGGAACUUUUGGCGGAGCUGCGUGAGGAAGUGGAACUGUUGGAUGUAGAGGCGGGUAUGAUGCAGAGGCAUGCGGAGUCAUUGCGCCUCACUCGGAGUACUGCGCCCACUACAAACGUGAGCAGCGCUCGGCGGUCGCUGAUGGCAUUUGUGUCGGGUGGUACCGGCAACCUCAGCGAAGAAGCGACUCCCGGUGACUCUGCCGCAGUUAACCAGUCAGACGACUGGUCGGAACAGCAAGUGGCGGCAGCAGCAACGGGCAGUGGUGUACUUAAUACAACAUCCACAGGUUCAACACGCCGCGGGCAGCCUUACAGCCGUAAGUUGGCAGAUGCAAAGGAUGCGUACGUAGUGCUUGAGGAUCGAGUUGCCAUGCUCACCAAGGAAAGAGAGCGGAUGAAGCAACAGAAGGACAAGGAGGAGCGUGACAAUGAUCAUUUGCGUGACUUGUUCCGUGCCACCGUGGAAGAGGCGGUGAAUCGUAUGAAGGAGCUACGUUUAGAGGAGCUGCAGUUUAAUCGUGAGGUUAUCUGCGAGGCAACUGGUACGGCGUCGGCUGAUGACUUGUUGCGGUAUAUGAACAAUCGCCACGGUGCCCAGGGAAAAUAUUUAGAUAAGCUUAAUGCGCAGUGUGCCGCUGCUGAAAGGAGCAUCCUACAGCACCAGCGGAAUUUGAAGCAGCGGCGUGCUGCCGGUGAGGCGUUUCAUGCUAUUGACUUUGAGCAGUUGCGUAUUGAAAAUCAGAAGUUUGUGGAAAGAAUUGAACGGAAAAAUUUAGAGUUAGUUGAGCUCAAAGGGACUUCCACCCGGACGGUACAGACCUUGAAUAACCUUAUGGACACUCUUAAUGGGCUCACUUCGGAGCAGAGUCGUCUGCGGAAGGAUUACAAAAACCGAUGUGAAUAUUUGGCUAGACUGAAAAGAGAGAUGGUGUCUGUUGCCCAAGAAGCAAAAGUGGCUGAGCAGAAGAACACGGCGAUUAAACUCCGUCAUGAAGCGGUGCGUGUUCCAAAAAUUGAAAACUACAUGGCUCAAAAGGCAGAAGAGUAUGAAUUGCGGAAGGCUCAGCGUAACUGGCAGCGAAAGGUGGAGAUUGCAGAGGGGCAGUUGGGACUGAUGAAGCAGCAGAUACGUGUGCUGGUUAAUGCAACGGAUGCCCAACGAAGACGUAAGAGACUUUUGGCACAUCAACGCUCAACAGCGUCAACCAAGCAUUCGGUCCAUGGCAGGAGGACUAGCGUAAGUGGAGAGACGCGGACUGCCAACUUUGCCUGCCCUGACGGCACCAUUGACGUUCAAGUGCAACAGGAGCCAGUCGUGGGAGGAAGCAAAGGUCUUUUGGACAUGAAGAGAAGGCAAUAG